UUAUUUGCAUGUCUGAUUGCGUUUGCCGAGAUUUUAUGUGGAAUUAGCCAAUUGCAAAAAAUCACCAAUAAUCAGGAAAAUGAUUUGAAAAAAUCCCAUUUUACAUAAAAAUAACUUGCUCAACGAUCCUUCACAGUUUGACGACAUUUGCUCGACUAUCGUAGCUCAUUAAAUUAAUGAUGAACACAUGUAGUUUUGCGAGUGAAUGGGUAUUUUUACCCAACCUUCCACCACCAGUAUUACGGUCACUGUUGCGACAAGGAAAGCGAUGUACUCGUAGGUAUACCUACUUUUAGCUGCUAGUGUGAUUAGAAAAACGUAAUUCUCGGAAAAUAUGCCACCAAUAAUUCUAAAGCAGAUUAUGGUAAUAAAGGAACAUUUCCACCUGUUUAAAACGCUGAAAACCGUACAUUUAAUCAAUCUUAGAAUUCGUGGAAUGUUCAAAGCAGGGUGAUGACCUUAAUUCGGACUUCUAGCAGAGACGCAAAAGCUCAUGACUAAACGUAAUUCCGGCCGCAAAGUUAAACAAAGAUAAUAAAAAUUUUGAAGUUAAAUAUUGACUUUUUUGUGUAUUUAAAAAAUGAACAAACCGCUGCACAACCGCCAGGAGAACUAUUACGAAAAUCAAAAUGGGGAAAAAGAAGUCACUUACACUUUCGACGCGCCGGAAGAAAAAGUGGAAAAUUUGAUGGCAACCCAUAUUAGAACUGGAGCUUGGCAAAUACUGCCUUCAGCAUGUGCCUCUCUCACAUGUAUUCCUUUCGGAUUAAUGCUUGGAUGGCCCUCUUCGAACUACCAGAUUCUGUUAUCAGCAGACUCACCUAUAAAAAUCACUAUGGAUCAAAGCGCAAUGAUAGCUGGAUUCCUCCUAUUUGGUGUGUCAUUCGGGACAAUGUUUUCGUCCAAACAACUAGGAUUGGGGCCGAAAUAUGGCAUAAUUUUUGGAAAUAUCUGUAUACUUCUCGGAUGGAUCAUCAUGUGGAGGGCGCAGGAUAUUUACGGUCUUUUAGUGAGCAGGAUCAUGAUAGGGGCUGGUCAUGGAUAUGCCAUGGGGCAAAUAAAGAAUUACAUAUUAGAAAUGACCGAAGCGCCCUUAUCGGAGUAUUUGAUUAAGCUGGUGAAUUUUUAUGGGUUUUCUGGAUUUGUGUUAGCGUAUGUUGUAGGGCCGUUUGUGGAUUUUACGCAAUAUUCACUUAUCAGUUUGAUUGUGUCUGCGUUCGUACUUUCCGCUCAAUUUUUGUUGCCUUUGACGCCCAAAGAGUUGAUUCGGUCCCAAAAAAUCGAAGACGCCAAGAAGCUUUUGUCGUUCCUCAAACCGGAUAUAAACCCCGAAGAAGAGAGUCGGAAAUUGAUUCAAAAUAUAUCCGAGGAACCUAUUCAAAAUGGGAUUUUGCGAAUUAUGAAAGAUAAAACUUUGCGGAUUAAUUUUCUGAAGUUAACAGUUCUUUUAAUAUGCCAGCAAUAUUGCGGCGCUCCACCUACAUUGGUGUACACGCAAAUCAUAUUUAGCAAAUCAAAUGUGCCUUAUCCAGAGAUGAUUUCGCUUGGCUACGCAGUAUUAUUUUUUAUAUCGAUAGUUAUAGGUACUUUCGUAUCUCCCAGAUACAACAAAAAAGCUCUACUACUUAUAUCUAGUUGUAGUGUUCUGAUUUUGUAUAUGUGUAAAAUUAUUGUGAUAUAUUUUAAAAUGAAUGAUAACUAUUUUAGAUAUACGUCUGUGAUAGUCAUGUAUUUAUUUAUAAUAUUCCAUACGAUAGGACUUGCAAGCAUUCCAUUUACAUUGAUUAACGACUGGUUUCCCAAGAGUUACAGAUCGUUUGUGACGAAAUAUUUUAUAAUCCUAUUUUCCCUACUAGCUCUAACCAAUACGAAAAUUUUCCAAGUUCUGAUUACUCAAUACGAAUUUUAUGUGCCAUUUUGCUUUUUUACGUGCAUAAAUAUAUUUUCAGUGAUUUUUAUCAGCAUUUUUAUACCUUCGAAAACGGCGCCGUUGAUAGAGGAAAAUCGCUACAGUGCAAAUAUUACCAUUACCUCAAUUCAAAUAACAAAUAAAAAAUAAUCUGCAUUGAGAAACAUAUGCAUGUAUCUGUAUGAGAUUUCCUGAAGAAUCACGUGGUUUAAAAUCGUACAAUCAAUUAACUAAACAUUAGGGAUUUUCCUCUGACGGUGGAAGCGUAAAUUUAUAGCGAUUGACUUAAAUGGGAAAUUCAAGUUCCAAGAUGUAAGGCUCAUGAAAACAUACUUAAAAACCUCUUAGACCGCAAUAUUUCUUCUUUCUUUAAACGAAUUUUUGUUUUUGUUUACAUUAAAUUAUUAAUGUUAUAUUUUUUAAUCAUCAAUUUGUUAAUAAAACCUUUUUUUAUUACAGAACGUUUUUGAAAUAUACAUUUUUUAGGUAAUUUUAUAUACAACGGUGUUUCACUAGCAACUUAACACCAAUGUAAUAGAGAUUGAACAGAAAA